CAUGGAUGUAAAUGCCAUGAACUAAUGUCACGCCCAAAAACAUUAUUAAUAAUUCCAACUCUUUAUAACACAAUCGUUACACUUUAUAAUACGUGUAUUUCCUUUGUAAUAGGAAACUUAUCGAUCCAGCUGUUAUUAACAGCACCGUAUGGCAACUAAAUCUGAAACCUUUAAAUAUUGGCAAGGGCCACCUCCACAUAUGAAACGUCGCACAAUCAGUACUCAUCUUGCGUCGCUACGCGGACAGUUCUGUAGAGACUUAGAAGAAUGGCUGACCAGAACUCGGACGCUGACCGACUAUCAAACCUCCAAAACGCCGACAAAAUAAGCAAUCCGUCUUCAGUUAACGUACGUGCCGAAACUAAUGCGAUCCGACCGAACGGAGCCGUACCGGAACGGUCUCAGGAACAAGUACCGCUUAUCAGAGACAAGCCCAACAACACGAUCCCAUUAAUAUCGCCGAAAAAUUGCCCCAAGGCACAACUGGAAUUGAUAUUCAAUGAGAAAAAUAAAUCUAAGAAACCUAAAAUCAAGAACAACAAUCUGUACGCGAAUCCGAUCAAUUCGGAUAAUUUAGUCUCUGAAAAGCUUCUUAUUUGCAAUAAGGAAGAAGACGAUAGACCAGUAUUACACGUUCAAUUUAACAGUGAUAACCGUAGUGAAAUUUCUGCCAUUAAAAAAACAUCAGCACGAUGUAGCGUAGAUUCCAAUUCUACUUCUUCGUCGUCUAGCGAAUCGCUAGACAUCUCGGAAGCAAGGCCUCCGGAUGGCGGCUGGGGUUGGGUGAUAGUAUUAGCCUCUUUCGUAGUUAAUUUAAUAGCCGACGGCAUAACGUUCAGUUUCGGUGUAAUAUUCGUUGAAUUUUUAAAUUAUUUUGGGGAAAAUCGCGGCACGACGGCAUGGGUGGGGGGUCUUUUUAUGGCGAUGCCGCUGCUGUCCGGCCCUGUGGCAUCGUUCCUCACGGAUCGGUACGGGUGUCGGAAAGUUACGAUAUGCGGCGCUAUUAUGGCGUCGACGGGUUUCAUAAUAAGUUCGACUGCAAACUCAAUGACUGUACUUUGUAUUACGUUUGGGAUUUUGGCCGGUUUCGGUUUGAGUUUAUGUUACGUGGCUUCGGUUGUAAUAGUCGCUUAUUAUUUCGAUAAAAAGCGUUCGUUUGCGACGGGUUUGGCUGUGUGCGGAAGCGGAAUUGGGACUUUUAUUUUUGCUCCUUUGAUACAACUCCUUCUUGACGAAUACGGCUGGCGGGGGACCACUCUAAUUCUGGCCGGGCUUUUUUUGAAUAUGGUGGUUUGCGGCGCUCUAAUGAGGGAUUUGCCUUGGACGUCGGAGAAGCAGAAGAAUUUGGCUAAACAGAGAAAGAAAAAUAGAUAUUUGAAGAGGAAACAAAAGGAAAUGUCGGCUGAUUCGUGUUCGGUUAGUAACAGUACUAACACUGCGAGCGUAUUGCAGCCUAUCAUAGAGCAGAAAGAGGACGAUCAGGAAGAUGUGCGUCGCAGUAGGCUUAGUAGUUCAUUAGUUAAUUUACCGACGUAUGUUAGAAAUGGAGAAAAGGUUCCGUUAGAGGUUUUAGAAUUAUUGACAAGCCACAAACACGUCUAUAACGUAUUGCUAACCAAUUAUCCCAACAUGCUCACGCCUUCACGAAGCUUUAGCGAUUCCGGUAGGCUUCACGAUGGAUUUCUAUUACCGAAACAUGCUGCCACUCAGUCCCAAUUAUUAUCACAGCCAACUAACAAUGCUAGCGUAGAAGAAGAUAGAGAAGAUACCUUGUUGUCGCCAAGAAAAGAUCAUACGUGUACGCCGCCGCCGACUUGUUUACAAAAGAAAUUACCUACAGCGUAUUUACGAGAUUUGAGGAUACAUAGACUUUCUGUUACUUACAGAGGAGCGAUGCUGAACAUCAACAGGUACCGCUUACGAGCUAGUUCUUGUCCAGAUAUAUACAGAAAUUCUAUGACAACGAUCGCAAGAGAAAAAGUUCAAUGGUACGCCGGUCUUUGGGAUUUUUGGGACCUGCUCGUCGAUAUCUUUGAUUUUUCCCAUUUCUCCGAUCCGAAGUUUUUAGUUUUCGCAAUUUCAAAUUUUUUACUUUAUACCUGGUACGAUGUUCCAUAUGUAUACCUUACCGAUAAUGCUAGAAAAAAUGGUUGUUCAGAUAAGGACGCGUCGUUGUUAAUUUCUAUUAUUGGGAUUAUAAAUAUGAUUGGCGAGAUAAUAUUGGGUUGGGCCGGCGACAGACAAUGGGCCAACGCAAGUUUAAUUUACGCUGUAUGCAUGGCCCUUUGUGGAGGUGUAAUGGCCUUAGUACCGCUCAUAAGCAACUACUGGCUUCUGUUAGUCGUUUCAGGUGCUUUUGGAUUCUUCAUAGCUGCCAACUAUUCAUUAACUUGUAUUAUAUUAGUCGAAUUGAUAACACUAGACAGGUUUACGAACGCUUACGGUUUAUUGUUAUUAGUUCAAGGAGUUGCCAAUCUGUUAGGACCACCAUUAGCAGGGUGGAUCUACGACAUAACUGGUACAUACAACAUGUCUUUUUACAUGGCUGGUUUAUUUAUAGCAAUAUCAGGAGUGAUGCUGACGAUCAUACCAAUCUUCAAAUUAUGCAAAAGAAAAGUGUUCAAGCAGGAACAAUCGCAGACGCCCUCUCCCGAAGAAUAAUUAUUUUCCUAUAGUUCUAGAAUAUUCUAAAUUAUUAAUCGAUUAUCGUAGAUAUUUAUAGUUGCAUGGCAGUUCAAUAUAGUGCUAAUGAUUAUUUAACUGCUGUAUAUGGUUUAAAUUAUUUGUUUAAUUAUUGUGAUAUCCAAUUUUAAGAAUAUUUUUUUUAAUCAUUAGUACUAAUGAUCUUUCUUGCAACUGAAAAAACUUUUUUAAAUUCAACGUCCACAAGUGAACUUAAAUGUAGUUUAUAGACCAUUUUGUAAUGUUGAUAAAAUUCUAGUAACGUUGACUGGGAAUCCAAUUAUUUCUUUAAAAACAGUCCUAUUAUCAAAAAUACGUAGUGGUACGUGGAGCUUUGUCAGUAUUUACUAAUAUUUAAAAUUUUGAAGUUUUUACAUAAAUGUACCUAAUCGAAUUUUUACUAACUUUGAUCAAUUAUUAGACAAGUUAAAGUUAUGUAUUACAGUUUUUCAUGUAUAGAACUUUCAAUAGUUUUUUUUAUAGCAUUUUUAGUGAUUUUUUUGGUAAAAUGCUAAAAUCUACACUACAAGGUGUGGCUAAAGGAAGCGAAUUAGUGCUAUAAUAGCUAUUUUUGUAUUAAGAGUGGAAAGUUGCCGCUCGACAAUUUAUCGUAAGCGGCAAACAGCUUUCCGCUCGAAUUACAUGCAAGAUUUCUACGAUCACACGAUAUUACCAAAUUCAAAUUUUACUUCAAGUGAAGUAUAAUAUGUGUAUAUUAUGUUGCCUACUUACGUGCAGUUUGAAAUCGGGGUAAACUAUUUUCAAUAUUUUAAUUAUCGUUUAAAUAUUAUUGUUGAAUAUUAGAUGUUCAACUAAAAUAUUUAGAUUAUCCGACAUUUUGUUUUAAAAUACCGAUAAGCUUUAAUAAUAACUAGGUACUUUUAUUUACUGCAAGCGCCAAAGUUACUAACCAUUAAUGUCACAUUAUGACAAAUCGCGGAAAACGUGAACAUUCCAAUUAGAUUCGAAUGUUUAAAUACCUACUUUAGAUAGUGUUCGUAAAAAAAUCUUACAGGGUUUUCUUUUAAAAUUUUUACCCAAUAUAUACUUUUACCUCUACGAUCCCUACACUGGUUCAUGGGAAUUUCUCAUUGGUCCGGUGACGGUGAUGUCCAGUUAGGUCAAUUUUUGAAAGUAUGUUAAUGAUCUCCAUCUAUUUUGCUUUUACAGCUCUACAUGCUUCCAAUACGCCAUUUUAGUGAUAAUGUAAUUCUGGUUUCACUGACAAUUAAAGUUACUUUUAGUAUUCAUGUAUCGUAAACUAUUCCAAAAAGCGUGCAUAAAAGGUUGCUAGGUAACCGCUUCAAUAAAUAAGAUAAAAAUAUGACAGAUUUUAUUUUAAAUUGUCAAAUUAAUGAAAUUGUUUACAAGUUUCCCUAAAUCAAGUAACAUAAACAGAAAAAUUAUCCUAAUAUUUAAAUUAAAUGUCAAAUGACAUUUACCUACUCGAUAAAAUGCAUGGAAAUUAUUAAUUUGCAUUUUUCAAUUAAAAUAAUUGUAGUUAUUACUAGUAUUACUAUUGUAAUUGAAUUACGCAUUCGUACGUUAAGGCCACUCCGCUGCGCGUCGUGGCCUUAAACUCGUUGCUCAUGCUUUAAAGGCUCGAUUAUGCAUUAGUGUCAUAAUAUACUAUUUUAUGACCUGUAAACAAUAUUUAGAAAAAAACUUAAAACAUUAAAAACGUAUAUAUGUCAAAUUUAUUGAUGUUUUUGUCAAAAGUUUGGUUAGAAUUAAAUGUCAGUGGAACCAAAAUGACAUCACGCUAAACUGGCGUAUUAGACAAUCUAAUGUCCUGACAGAAUGGACAAAAAUGGCCGAUGCUUGUCAAAAACAACAAAUAAGUUUGUUGACCUGACUAUGACAUGACUUCAUUACUAUUUGAUUGUUAUUGGAAAUCGUACAAUUCAUAUAUUCCUAAUAAAUAUGUUAUGCAAUUUUUUAACUAAAUACACCGAAAAAAAACUCUAAAAAUAAUGCAAAUUUAGACUAAAAAACCUCACUAGAAGUAUUUUUUGUCGAGAAAAGCACACCCUUUGGUUGUUUUUGCCAAGAGUAUUUAAAGUCACGUGAUUUUGAUUGUCUAAUUAGGCACUCCAACGACCUGUUAAAAUAUUGAGCGUGGGUAAUGACAUGUUAUGAUAUGGCAACCCUAUGUGGGCCUGUUGUCUUUGACAGGGUUAUUGUCACAUAUACAGAGUGUCCUAAAAAAGUAGGCAAUCCAUUAACCAUAGAUUCCUUAGGUCAGUGUAUUAUUAUUUUUUUAGAUUGGUGCCAUAUCAUGUUCAAUAUACAGGGUGACCAAGGUAAUUUUAAAAAAUACGUUUUUCUUUAUAUUUUCAUCGUUUUAUUAAGUAGAUGGCUCAAAAUUGGUACCCCGGGGUUUUUUGGGUUGAAAAAUCAUAAUUUGAGCCUAUAUAUCACCUACCUCAUAGUUGCAAGUCACCCUGUAUAUUGAACAUGAUGGCCCCAUUUAAUAAAAAUAAUAAUAGAGGUUUCUUACACUGACCUUAGGAAUCUAUGGUUAACGAAUUGUCCUACUUUUUUGGGACACCCUGUAUAUUUUUGCGAGCUGCCAUAUUGCCUCGCAAGUGCUCAUUAAUCAGAAUCGGUUUAGCAAAAAUGUGUUUUAAAACCAAGUUUCAGCCUUUGAAUAUAGUACAUUUUUACUUCAAGGAUAAGGUUAUGUUUAUUUUAAAAAACAUGGAUGAUCAAUCUAUAUAACAAUAUAUAUAUUUCCUAAUAUAUGCUCAGGACUUCAGGACGUGAUAACUCGUCCAAAAAUAUGAAAAAACGUUUCUAUUAACUUACCCUCUAAAAUGCACCAUUUUUGAGAUACAGGGUGUUGAAAUUGAAAAAAAAUUUCUUCGCCACUGGAAAAAGUACGGUUUUGAGACGCCUAUUUGAACCGCCAAUGUUUUCUACACAAAAAAGGUACUCUUGGUCAUACGCUCUAAAGUCGACCGUUUUCGGGAAAAGUCCAAUUAUAAUGUUGAAAUACAUGGUCAAAGCUACUUGAUGAAACAAAAUUACUUGCUUAAUUCUGAGGGUCAAAAUAGCUAUUUGUGUAUUAAGAGCGAAAAAUGAUACGACAAUCUGUCUAAAGCGGAAGAAGGAACAAAUUUUUUACUCAAAAUGAAGACAAUAUUUUUUCUACGAUCACAAUUUUUUAAGAAAUAGAUAUAAAAACUAAAAAUUUGUCGUAAAUAGUGUAUAAUGUGUUGCCUAUAUCUACGUUAAUCGUGAAAAAAACAGUUGAUCUCUAAAGUCUAUGUUAACUUGGAUAAUAUAACAAAAAAAAAUUACGUACAAAUGCUUUGAAAAUCAUUAAAAAGAAAUAUUAUAUUAUGUCUAUUCCUUUACAUCGAAAGUGUAGCAUUAAGUUACAAAACUUCUGAAAAUAUCGUUCCAUCCAUGCAAUUUUUUAUAAAUGGAAUAAUAUUUUCAGAAGUGGCGUAGCUCAGUGCUACACUUUUGAUGCGAAGGAAAAUAUAUGUUAUAGCUAAAGCUAUCACAAUGUCAGUUCGCGAAAAACGUCAACUUUGCGGUUGGAUUUCGAAGCGCAAAAGCCUACUCACACACAUUUGAUAAAUAAUCCACAGCAAGGUUUUUUUCAAUAAAAACGUGGAUCGUUUUUUAAUGCCGAUUAUAUAAAUAAAAGCAUAAUGAGGUAAAUAUUUUGAUUUAAAAGUUGGUUUUUGUACAGUUGUCAGUGUCUUCUGGCCCACUCCGCAUAGUUUGUCUGCAGAAUGAUCACUCCGCUUUUUUCCAGCCAUACCUCGUAGAUUAUUAUGUAACUCAUGUAACUGCAUCGUAAUUUGAUGCUGUAAUGCGUGCAAUUUCCAAAUUCUAGUAAAAUAUUAAUAGUACAUUUACGGCUUAUUUUAGCAUAGAAAACGGAUUUAAGGAAGUUCUAAACCUGAAAUUCUUAUAUUUGCAUUGCUCCAUUGUUUACAUUUUCGAAUUGUAUUUCUAAUUAAUGAAAAUCAUAUACGUAUUCAUCAUCUAUAUUGGAAGUAUAAUAUUUAUUGGCAAUUUAGAAAAAUUAAUUACUGCACAAAUUAGUUUUAAUUGUUACUAGAUAAGAGUUCAAAGUGGGCAAAAGACUUGGACGAUAUUUCGUUAAAUCGUACCUAGGUAUAUUGUGAUUUGAAACAAUACGUAUAUGGUUAAAAUGGAGUUGUAAAGCUUCUAUGGCAAUAAAUAGAAGAGAAGAUGAUAAUAUGGAACCCCGCUUUGUUUUUCUUAAACAGACGGAAAUAAUUUUUUGACUAUUGAUGAUUUUUUUUGGAUAGGAUUUAGAUAAAAUUAGCUUGAAUAAAUGUCCCAACAAAUAUUUUGUUCUGGCAAGUUAAUGGCAUUUAAACUUACGUACGUUAUUUCAAGUAGUGGCCUUUCGGUAAGAGUCUCAACACGCGGCAGAAGUUCGUCGUCACUACCAGCAAUAAGCAGUAAAAUGCUUGCACAUUAUAUUAAUGUUAACUAUCCUUCAAUAGAUUUGCAUAAGGCUCGUAACUUUACCAAGCAUAAGUAGUGAAAGGCCUGCGUAUGGCCAGCAGUUUUCCAUACUAUUAAUGUUAACUUCCUAUCAAAGAGGAUAAGGAUCUUAUAAAAAUGACGCCGAGCUUUUAAAUAUUAUAAAUUAACAUGUAAAAGUAAAAAAUUACAAUGAAUACUGAAUAGUGAAUACCAGCAAUGUGAGACUGGCCGCAUAGUACAUGUCCACUCGUUGAGUAUGCAGCAAGGGAUCAUCGCUCUCCAUCUAUAAAUGCUAGGCGGAGCCUGCUGGAGUUAAAAGCCUAUUAACUUUUACCAGGCUUUUACAGUUAAAUGUGGGAAACCGCUAAAAGGCCGUCAACGGCCCAUCAAAUAACCCAUGCAACAUUAUGUCGUCAUUAGGACGUGAUUUUUUGGUGCGCGUUACGUCAUUUGAUGACGUGAAAAUAACGUUAUGGUAACGUGAGAAUGUCACAGCGAAAAAACGUCAUUCCAUAUCGUCAUUUUGACGAAUCGAUAUCACGUUAAAGUAACGUGUAUAUCGGGUGUCCUAGGCUCGGCAAAUUGACGUCAUUAUCACGAAUCUACCUUAAGUCAAAGUCUAUAUUGGGUGUCCCAAGGUUGGAUGGAAUUAUUAAAAAUACGAAGCAGGUGAAAGUUAUUUAUUUAAUCCAAAAAACACAUGAAAAAUAUAUUAUAAAAAAUAAAUUACACUGGUAAAUAAAAAAGUCAUGAGCAAAAAACCAAACGGAAUAAAAUGACAAAAAAAAUAUUAGAAGAACUGACACAACAUACCUAAAAAUUGGAGAUUUGGUUUUAAAUUGGGGGUGGGCGAACAUGCUUUCCGAUUUCAUCAUCUUUAGUAUCAUCGAAUGACAGCUUUCUAGUUGGAACCUGUUUUCUUUUAGUAGGUACUUUAUCAGCCUCGGAAUGUAGAUCCAAGGAAACUUCGACUUUUUUUAAUUUGGUACAUCACUUAUCAUUAUCAUCUAAAUUAAAAGAACUAUUAAAAUAUAGACCACUGAAAAUUCUUAAAGAUAGAAAGUAAAUUGUGUAUCUAAUUGUAAAAUCUUCACCAGAGAUUGAGGUAGUAGCCCCAAAAACUACCUUCUCAGAGGUAUACAUAUAGUCAUGAGUUUAUAAUAAAAGUUAAUUAAAAAAAAAGAUAUGUUCUGUGAGAUGAUAAAAGGUAUCUAAAUCAAGUGACCCCCUAAAAAUCUUUUAUUUUAAAAUAAACUGUUAAAAAAUACCCUAAAAGAACUCAUAAUAAAAAAAUAAAAGUAUAACAUUACUCACCAGUCUUAUAUUAUAUUUCUUUAUAUAUUUCUUUAUAAAGGUGGCCAAAAGACUUGUUUUUUACGCAGCGUCAGCCAUAUUCUGCUCACCUCACAACCGCCAGACCGUCAUCAUCCGGUUUUUCAAACUCAACAAUGCAAUACAUCUGUUAAAUAUCAAAUUCGGUUUAAUAUACUUUAUUAUUUUGUCACAUUAAAUUUUUUACCUUUUUUCUAAAACAUCUUAUCAAACAGAAAACAACAAUGACAAUUGACAGUAUGACAUUGCCAGAAAUAUACGAAAAAAUAACGUAAUUAUGACGAAUUCUAAGUGACGUCUAUUCAAUGUCAUCAAUGCGACGUCAAAUUCACGUUACUGAUUAGGAUAUUGUAUUUCGGAUAAAUUAAUACUAAAAAAAUACGUCAUAAUGACGGGUCUGUAUUUACGUCUAUUUAACGUUAUAAAAACGACGUCAAAGUAACGUCAUUAGUUGGGAUAGUGACGUUUCUGACGAGUAAACCCAAAAAAAUCACGUCAUAAUGACGGCACCUUUCUGCUUGGGAAUUAACGUUUAGAGACAGUUAAAUACAAAUAUCAAACGAGCCAUAAUGAUUUCGCAGUUGCAUGUGGGAAACUGUUAAAAAUCCGUCAACGACCCAUCGAAUAAUUAAAGUUAAAAGGUUACAAAUUUCAAAUGGGCCAUAACGAUUUUACAGUUGAAUGUGAAAAACAGCUAACAAACCAUCAACGGUUCAUUGAAUAAUUAAAGUUAACGGGCAGUUAAUUACAUUUUUCAAAAGGACCAUAACAAGUUUACCGUUACAUGUUACAAGUUACUUUGGUACUGCGCAUGGUUAUAUUGAAAAACGUCAAAUUAAAACGUAAUAUAGAUCAUUUAAAAUUAAAGUUUAUAUUAAAAUAAAAAGCAUUUAUUUUUAAAUAAACAUAAACAAAACAAACAUAUACAAAACACGAAAGAUUAUCUAUGUGCUAGUGAUAUUUAAAAGAAUAAAGAAACUCCAAAUUCAUCAGUAUAAAAGUUUUUUGAUUAAAAAUUGAAGAUGCUACUCACUGAUAGUGUACUAGUUUUGGCUAACUUGCUAUCAUUAGCUCUGUUAUACAAAAAUUCGCAAAUAUAACAGGAUUACCUACAUUUUAUUACAAUUAAUAAUAUAUAACGAAAUUAAAUGACAAUAUUCAUCAUAUUUAGAAAAAUAAUAUUAAAGGGUUCCAUAUUACCACCUUCUCUACUAUCCACAUUUUGACUAUUUUUUGAUCUUCCAAUUUGAAAUACUCAAUAGGGUAGGUACGUAGUAUCUAAUUAGCAGAAAUAAUUACUGAUAAAUAUUUAAUGAUAAAUUAUUUAAAAUCCCAGAUUUUACCAAGUACUAUAGAUAGUUCUAAAUCCAACGUGCAGAUUUGUGACUUAUUUUUUAUGGCUCAAUUUGUUAUUAAACGCUACGUUCAGACUGGGG